GCGGGAGAGAGAGAGAGAGAGAGAGAGAGAGAGAGAGAGAGAGAGAGAGAGAUGUCAAUGUCAUCUUCUUCGCUGUGUUCUUCGACGACGGUUCAGGCUCGGACCAGCGUCAAUGGUGGGGGCCUUAAGCUUCAAAGUCCAUCUCUUUAUCAGCCCAGUUCACUCACCUUCACAAGGAGAAGGAUCAAAACUGUCGUAAGGGCGACUGCACGAGUAGAUAAAUUCUCGAAAAGCGACAUCAUUGUCUCUCCAUCGAUCCUCUCAGCAAAUUUCGCUAAACUAGGAGAACAGGUAAAAGCAGUGGAUGUGGCGGGCUGUGACUGGAUCCAUGUCGAUGUCAUGGAUGGUCGUUUUGUUCCGAAUAUCACCAUUGGACCUCUUGUAGUAGAUGCCUUGCGCCCCGUGACAGAUCUUCCUCUAGAUGUGCAUUUGAUGAUCGUGGAACCUGAACAGCGAGUACCAGAUUUCAUCAAGGCUGGAGCGGACAUAGUCAGUGUCCAUUGUGAGCAAUCAGCCACCAUACAUUUGCAUCGCACACUCAAUCAAACAAAAAGUCUAGGCGCGAAAGCUGGAGUUGUUCUAAACCCUGCCACGCCAUUAAGCGCUGUGGAGCCUGUCCUUGAUGUCGUUGACCUAGUCUUGAUCAUGUCGGUGAACCCUGGCUUUGGUGGGCAGAGUUUUAUUGAGAGCCAAGUCAAGAAAAUCUCCGACUUGAGGAGACUCUGCUUAGAGAAGGGCGUCAAUCCCUGGAUCGAAGUAGAUGGUGGUGUUGGCCCAUCAAAUGCGUAUAAGGUUAUUGAAGCAGGAGCUAAUGCUAUCGUUGCUGGUUCAGCUGUCUUUGGAGCUAAAGAUUAUGCUGAAGCUAUUAGAGGGAUCAAAACCAGCAAGAGGCCUGUAGCUGUUGCCGUCUGAAUAGACAUUCUUGAGAUCUAAAGCAGAUUAUGGAACCUGAGCAUUUUAGCUAGUGAACACAGCAGAUAUUUAGCAGCUAAUGUGCAGCUUGUAACAUCAGUUCAUCAAUCAAAUAUAAGUCAUAUUGCUGGACUUGCUGUGGACAAGAAGUAGCUCAAGCCAAGUCAAACACCAGAUAAUAUCUUCUGUUGUGGUUCAUUACGACAAUAGGGAUAAUGCGUAUCCCCUGUUGAACGUCAUACUAAAAAGAAUUUCAGUUUCUCUGUCUCAUUUCUUCUCUUCCGUUAUCAGAAUUUGUGGUAUGAAAGUUCUAUGAGGGAAUAGUUGUAUUCCUGGCCUUGUUACUGAUUCUGUUGCCAAAUUGCCAACAAAGCAUGGAAUAAUAAUGUUGUGCAACUGUA